AGGGGUUUGCUCCAGUGAAAUUUGCCAGGAAAAGCAGUCCCCAAACUGCUGGGAAUCUCAGUCUAGGAGAGGCACUUAAUGCAAGAGGAGCAACUCCCCCAACCGUCCUGCCUGUGACUUGCUAGCAAACCAACCAAGUUGUCUCCCAGCCCUCCACUGAACUCUACUGCUUAAGGACUUUGGCUUAUUGUGGGACAUGCAGCCACUGGGGGAAAAAAUGGAGAGGUUCCUGGGUUUUACCUUUAACCACUGUUUAUUUGUGCUGUUCCUCUCUGCUUACCUGAGCCCCCUGAGCCUCGCUCAGUAUGAACAUCAAUCACAGCAACCUGGCUACCCUCCAAGUCCACACCAGCAGUCAGCUGAUGCUCCCAAAAUCCAGUUGCGGUUGGCAGGGGACAAGAAGAAACACAACGAAGGGCGGCUGGAAGUCUUCUAUGAUGGGGAAUGGGGCACAGUUUGUGAUGAUGAUUUCUCCAUCCACUCUGCAAACGUGGCCUGCAAGCAGUUGGGUUACGUGGAGGCUGUGUCCUGGAUCCCCAGUUCCAAAUAUGGGAAAGGAGAAGGGAGAAUUUGGUUGGACAACGUCUACUGCACAGGCAAGGAGACGACAUUAGCCAUGUGCACCUCCAACGGUUGGGGUGUAUCGGACUGCAAACACACUGAGGAUGUGGGCGUGGUCUGCAGUGAAAGGAGAAUCCCGGGCUUUAAAUUUGAUGACUCCCUACUCAACCAAAUAGAGAAUAUAAAUAUCCAAGUGGAAGAUGUCAGAAUCAAAGCUGUCCUGGGUGCCUCCCGCAAGCGUUUGCCCAUCACAGAAGGGUAUGUGGAAGUAAAAGAAGGAGGCGUCUGGAAACAGAUCUGUGACAGAAACUGGACCACAAAAAAUUCCCGAGUCAUCUGUGGCAUGUUUGGGUUUCCGGGUGAGAAGAAAUACAACGUCAAUAUCUACAAGAUGACUGCAAGCCGAAAGAAGCACAGAUACUGGGCUUACUCCAUAGACUGCAAAGGCACUGAGGCUCAUCUCUCCAGUUGCAAACUAGGCAAUCGCAUCAGUACAGCUACUGGGAGGAACAUUACAUGUGUGAAUGGAAUGCCUGCUGUGGUGAACUGUGUCCCUGGCCGUGCCUUCGCCCCGGGCAGCCGCUCUGGCUUCCGCAAAGCAUUCCGGCAGGAGCAUCCACUGGUGAGGCUAAAGGGUGGAGCCAAGACAGGAGAAGGUCGCGUCGAAGUGCUAAUGAAUGGGGAAUGGGGAACCAUCUGCCAUGACCAGUGGAGCCUGACUGCAGCCAGUGUGGUCUGCCGAGAGCUGGGCUUUGGAAGUGCCCAAGAAGCUAUUAUGGGCGCAAAGCUUGGGCAAGGAAUGGGCCACAUCCAUCUCAAUGAAGUGGAAUGCUUGGGUAAUGAAAACUCCGUCACAGACUGCAAAUUUACCACUGACACACAGAGAUGCAGCCAUGAAAAUGAUGCUAGUGUGAGGUGUAAUGUCCCAGCCAUGGGUUUUGAGAACCAGGUACGUUUGACUGGUGGCCGUACACCCACGGAAGGCCGUGUAAAAGUCCUCCGGAACGUCAAUGGCACCCUUAAAUGGGGGACAGUCUGCAGUGACAACUGGGGCACCUUGGAAGCCAUGGUGGUUUGCCGCCAGCUGAACCUUGGCUAUGCUGAGCAUGCAUUUAAGGAAACCUGGUACUGGCAGGGAGAUGACAGCAACGACCAAGUUGUCCUGAGUGGAGUGAAGUGUUCUGGAACAGAAAUGGCUCUCUCACAUUGUCGGCAUCACGCUCUUGUCCACUGUCCCCAGGGAGGGGGGAACUAUGCAGCUGGUGUCUCCUGUACAGAGGCUGCUGCUGACCUCCUUAUCAAUGCCAAGGAGGUGGAGCACACGUCAUACCUUGAAAACCGUCCAAUGUACAUGCUGCAAUGCGCACUUGAGGAGAACUGCCUGGCCUCCUCGGCUGUCAACACCUCUGUUGUCACUGGUUACAGGAAGCUCCUGCGUUUCUCCUCCCAGAUCCAUAAUGUCGGGCAGGCAGACUUCCGCCCUAGACACGGGCGCCAUGCCUGGAUUUGGCACGAAUGUCACAGGCAUUACCACAGCAUGGAGGUGUUCACACAUUACGAUCUGCUAGACCUCAAUGGCACCAAAGUGGCUGAAGGAAACAAAGCCAGUUUUUGCCUGGAAGACAGUGACUGUGCACCUGGCAUCCAGAGACAGUAUGGAUGUGCCAAUUUUGGAGAGCAAGGAAUAACCGUUGGGUGCUAUGAUGUGUACCAGCAUAAUAUUGACUGCCAGUGGAUUGAUGUUACAGAUGUCCCAUCAGGAGAAUACAUCUUCAUGAUCAACGUCAACCCACAGCAAGAUGUUGCAGAGUGUGAUUAUUCCAAUAACAUCAUGACAUGCCAAUGCAGGUUAAACUCUCUACGUGUCUGGAUGUUCAAUUGCCACAUAGCCAACUCCUUCAGUGAAGCAAUAGAAGAGAACUUUAAGCACUUCAAAGGACUUAUGACCAACCUGGUGCCCACUCGAUAAAGAGAAACCCUUAACUUCAACCCGGUUAUUUAAGGAAGGACUAUCUUUUCCCACAAUUUCCCUGACCACUGCACCGAAACCUAAAGUACUCAAGCAACCAACCAUGAACUUUCAAAUUAGCGUUGUAAGUUAUUUUCAAGAGUGUCCUGCUUUAUGGUCUUCAACAGCAGAAGGAAUAGGGUUGGUUCUUACUUCAUAUUCAUUCCAGCAAAACAAAGGUUUUGCACUAAGUGUCUCAUUUCCCCUUGUCGUACACCCUAAUUUAUUCACCAGGAAUUGUGCGCAAACUCGUGCGCCAUAUGUUCAACAAAAGGCGGCUAAACCAGCCCAACAGCCCACAUUAGGGGUUCAGAUGCUAGCAAUGUGUAAGGGAAUUUAUUUUACACA